AUGAUGCAUCAGAAACUUCCCGUUGAGCUGCGUGAACUGAUUUACGAACUCCUCUGCGUCGAACCUGACCGUCCCAUACCUGUGGGCCCGUACUACCACUUCCGUAAAUACGAUCGGCCAUUGCACGACCCUCGAUAUAGGUUCGUCCCAACUAGUCGUCACCCAUACGUCGUGUCCACCUGGCCGCUACCAAGAACUGACCCAGCCUAUGCACCCCAUAUUGGUGUUAGUUCGAAUGUCGAUGUUGAGAUUGGAGAGGUAUCUGACCAGCAGACUGGCUCGUCCCAGCCUAUCGACAGUAAUGAUACACGGAUGAAUUCAGGCCUUACUGAACGUGUCAUGGAGACGAUAUCAUCAACUCCAGCCGACCAACUCAGACUCAAUCACGAAGACGAGGAUACUAUACUUCCUGAUGGUCGGAUCAAAGAAGUGCAUACCCACAAGCCACCGAGUGAUAUGGCACUUCCAUACAGCCAUUUCCUGGACCCUAGAUACAUGGGCCCAGAAAUCGCAUUCGAGAUACAGAAGAUGUAUUAUGCGCGAAACACCUUCUCCGUCUGCAGCGUCGAGCAGGGAAUACUAUACUUCUUAGAGCGCGAUUCUGGCUACAAUAUGGUGGGUUGCAACGAUGAUGGCACCCCUAAGGAAGUACCAAAAGACCUCCAGCUACCAUUACCGGUUUACCCCAGAGAACAUAUCCAAAAUCUCCAGAUUCGCGUCAAGUUCGAACAGUUCCACUCGGACAUGCCAAAAGACGACAUGACCGAUUACGACAAGUAUGCAUACGAACAGCGUUUCCUACGCUUUACUGAAGCCAACUUGCGAGGUUUGAGAGUCUUCUUAGAGCAUCGCCAUGAGCACGGAGUCAAUGUUGAAUUCAUCAUUCUCACUGAGUUCCCGAUUUCCGGUGAUGUGAGGACCGGGCUCGCCGCUCAAUGCAAUUAUGUCAACUUUUUGGAGUGCACCAGAAACACAGUCUACACAAUGAUGCACGAUUGUGACCACAUCUCCGUCAAGAUCACGCACUACGACGAGGGCAUUUCGGCCUUCCCGCGCGAUAUCACUGGAAUAUUCGGGUUGACAAAGGAACAAUGGGAGCACGUAAGUAUGACCCAUUACUUCAACCUUCCCUACAACAUAUGA